AGCGGUGGCGCGGCCGGGCAGCCAUGUCGCCUUUGUCUGCGGCGCGGGCGGCCCUGCGGGUCUACGCGGCCGGCGCCGCGGUGGUGCUGGCGCAGCUGCUGCGCCGCUGCCGCGGGGGCUUCGUGGAGCCAGAACUUCCAAAUUUAAUGUGCUCUUGGACAUUUUAUAAAGGGAAUACAUAUGGCACACACUGUGAUUGACCUGGGAUUGUAUGAAAACAAGGAAGAAACCGCUAACAUCAGGUGCCCACGCAUGAGCGGCGGCGCGGCAGGCGGGCGGCUCCGGCGGGGACGCGAUGGAGAGUAAAGGCGCGGACGGCUCGCAGGCGGACCUGAAGCUGGUGGCCCACCCGCGCGCCAAGAGCAAGGUGUGGAAGUACUUCGGCUUCGACACCAACGCCGAGGGAUGCAUCCUGCAGUGGAAGAAAAUCUACUGCCGCAUCUGCAUGGCGCAGAUCGCCUACUCCGGGAACACCUCCAACCUGUCCUACCACCUGGAGAAGAACCACCCCGAGGAGUUCUGCGAGUUCGUCAAGAGCAACACGGAGCAGAUGCGCGAAGCCUUCGCCACCGCCUUCUCCCGGCUGAAGCCCGAGUCCUCCCAGCAGCCGGCGCCCGACGCGCUGGCCGUGAAGUCCGGCCACGGCCACGAGAGCAAGAAGCAGCAGGAGCUGACGGCCGCCGUGGUGGGGCUCAUCUGCGAGGGGCUGUACCCGGCCUCCAUCGUGGACGAGCCCACCUUCAAGGCGCUGCUGAAGGCGGCCGACCCCCGGUACGAGGUCCCCAGCAGGAAGUACGUCUGCAGCAAGGCCAUCCCUGAGAGGUACGGCGCCGCCCGCGAGGGGAUCCUCAAGGAGCUGAGUGACGCCUCGUGGUGCGGCAUCUCCACGGACAUGUGGCGCAGCCAGAACCAGAACCGCGCCUACGUGACGCUGGCCGUCCACUUCCUGGGCAGCGUCGGCUCCCCCAGCUGCCUGUCCCUGGGCUCCAGGUGCCUGAAGACCUUCGAGGUGCCGGAGGACAACACGGCGGAGACCAUCACGCGGGUGCUCUACGAGGUCUUCAUCGAGUGGGGCGUGGGCGCCAAGGUGUUCGGCGCCACCACGGACUGCGGCAAGGACAUCGUGAAGGCGUGCUCCUUGCUGGACAUCGCGGUGCAGAUGCCGUGCCUGGGGCAGACCUUCAACGCCGGCAUCCGGCAGGCCUUCCAGCUGCCCAAGCUGGGCGGCUUGCUGGCGCGCUGCCGCAAGCUGGUGGAGUACUUCCAGCAGUCCCCGGUGGCCAUGUACAUGCUCUACGACAAGCAGAAGCAGCAGAACAUGGCGCACUGCAUGCUGGUGAGCGACCGCGUGUCCUGGUGGGGCAGCACCUUGGCCAUGCUGCAGAGGCUCCGGGAGCAGCAGUUCGCCAUCGCUGGCGUCCUGGUGGAGGACAGCAACAGCCACCACCUGAUGCUGGAGGCCGCCGAGUGGGCCAGCAUCGAGGGACUGGUGGAGCUGCUACGGCCCUUCAAGCAGGUGGCGGAGAUGCUGUCGGCCGCCAGGUACCCCACCAUCAGCAUGGUGAAGCCUCUGCUGCACAUGCUGCUCAACACCACCCUCACCGUGAAGGAGACCGAUUCCAAGGAGAUCAGCAUGGCCAAAGAGGUCAUCGCCAAGGAGCUCUCCAAGACCUACCAGGAAACGCCGGAGAUCGACAUGUUCCUGAACGUGGCCACCUUCCUGGACCCGCGCUACAAGAGGCUGCCCUUCCUGUCCGCCUUCGAGAGGCAGCAGGUGGAGAACCGCGUGGUGGAAGAGGCCAAAGGCCUCCUGGACAAGGUCAAAGACGGGGGCUACCGGCCGGCCGAGGACAAGAUGUUCCCUGUGCCCGAGGAGCCCCCGGCGAAGAAGCUGGCGCUCACGCCCACGCCCGCGCCCACCUGCGCCAUCAACCACAUGCUGGCGGAGAUCUUCUGCCAGACGGGCGGCGUGGAGGACCAGGAGGAGUGGCACGCGCAGGUGGUGGAGGAGCUGAGCAACUUCAAGUCGCAGAAGGUGCUCGGCCUCAACGAGGACCCGCUCAAGUGGUGGUCCGACCGCCUGGCGCUGUUCCCGGUGCUGCCCAAGGUGCUGCAGAAGUACUGGUGUGUGACGGCCACGCGCAUCGCGCCCGAGCGCCUCUUCGGCUCCGCGGCCAACGUGGUCAGCGCCAAGAGGAACCGGCUGGCCCCGGCGCACGUGGACGAGCAGGUGUUCCUGUACGAGAACGCCCGCAGCGGCGCGGCGGAGCCCGAGCUGGAGGACCAGGACGAGGGCGAGUGGGGCUUGGACCAGGAGCACGUCUUCUCCUUGGGGGACGGCGUCAGCGGGGGCUUCUUCGGCAUCAGGGACGGCGGCUUCCUGUAGGGCGGACGCGUCCCGCCUCCGCUUAGGGCUCCUUGCUUUGCCGUGAAUAUCCACCGCGCCGGCUUGGUGGCCAUCCGCGGGGCUUUGAAACCAAGAGGAAAAGGCGUGGGAAAAAUAAAGACAGAGAAGCAGCUUUGCGCUCUGGCGCCUGCUCUCGGCGCGCUCUCCACGGUGGCGUGGCAAACCUCAGCUCCCGAGAGCGCUGCCGCCCGGGGGACGCUUUCCCUUCGCAGCCGCUUAGGACAUCCUGCAGAAUUCGCAGCGCCAG